AUGGCCGUGAUUGCACUCGGCUUCGGCGCCGCAAACCUCUACACCAACCAGCAGCAGCGCCACGAAAUGGCCCAGGAGGAAUUCGAGCGCCUGCAACGCAACCGCCAACUCAUGGACGCGUACGGCGAAAAGGACAACCUGCAUGACAUCGAGCGGGCGCUGGCCGUCUACGAGAUCCAGUGA